UCAGGCUACAGCCACGUGUGUUUCGCGACCCAAAGUUAUUCGACCUAAAGUGAAGUGAAACUUACAAAUUAAGUACUUUAUGAAACAAACUACGAACAAAUUGAUAUUGCAAGCAGCGUUCACGAAAUAUUUUGGAUUAUUAUAUUAAAGUUCGCUGGAUUUUAGACUGUACCGGUGCCGGCGUACUAAUUGCUGUUUGCGGAGGAAGGUUGACGAUGGUGUGAGCAGAGGAUGCGGUGGUUCAAGAAAGGUGAGCCGCCGCGGCUGCUAGCGGUGUCGCCAGAAACCGAACCACGCUCCACACGCCCGUCUCGCAUUGAUAUGUCCCCAGUUCGCUACGCCCAAAGAAAAAGUAGCGGCAGCUCGGUGGAAACUAAUUUCUACAAUCUCAGCGAUCAGAUAAUAAUCGUCGAAAAAUCGCCACAAGAAACUCGAAGCGGUGAAACCCCAGUCAACAGUCGCAUAUCACUACACAACGGUCUGACCUCACCACAGGAAAGUUAUAACGCUAGUUGCAAAAACCGCGGAGGCUCUUUAGAGAAAGAGUACAUGGUUUAUCGAGAAAAGCGCAAUCCACUGCUCGAUAAAGUAAAAAAUACCAAGCUAUCUUGUUUUAAAUCUAGCGGACCUUUGAGGCAUGGAGACGAUGCCGCUUCCACCUCUGGAAGUGAUUGCAGUGGAUUUGGUCACGCAGAGGAAGGUCAGUGCCGAUUUGGUAUUAAUUACCCUGAAAACCACCUAGAAUUCGAAAAUAAAAAUCCUUGGGUUAAAAUGCCAAAUUACGAUGACGAUGUGUUUUUUGCAAAAAGUUUAACCAGUCCGAUAGAAUCAAAUUGGAGAGAAGGAAAAUCAUUUACAAAUAGAGGCACCAGAUGCUACAGCUCUGGGUCUGAAUGUGAUCGUUAUUAUGGGAUACCUAAAUCUGGUACAAAACUUUCUAAGUCAAGCGAUCAAAUUUUUAAUGAUGAUUACGAUUCCCAUAAUGUACCAAUUGUAUUGAAAGCUCAAAAAAAGACUGAUAAAUUUAAGAUCAAAGAUGAAAAAGAUACCAUUGGGCCAAGUUCCUGUCUUUCUGCUAAAUUAAGAGCUAUGUCUGACAGAUAUUUGAAGUCUUCUAACAAAUUUCUUUCAAAACUGUAUAAACAAAAUGGUGAUAAUGAUGAGGAUAUUAAGGGUAGCAGCGAUAAUAUAUUAAAAACAGCUAGCAUUAAUAAAAGUCGAAAGAAAAGGGGUGGUGUUAAGGCAAAACUACGAAGUUUUUCUUACGGAGCUUUACCAGGUUUGGAAGAAUUUCAAAAAGGCCAGAGUUCUGUAUUUCACGACGAUGUCUACCAAGUGUCAUGUGAUGACGAGAACGUUUUAUUACAAGACUGUGAAGAUGCGGAUUCAGGUAUUCUAGUCAAUGAGUCUGCGGCAUCGUCAAUAUUUGAGAGUGAUAGACUGUCUUCAAGAUGUGAAAGUUCAGCAUCUCAUGUAAAUCCUGUACCUUGUCAUGGAAGGAGUGUAUCAGGAGACCAAAGUUAUAUCAAACCUAGAGCUUCUGGCAGAAUGAGUAGAGAAAGAAAUGAUUGUCCUAGACAUAAACCACGUCAUACCCAAAGAGCCUUAUCAUUAGAUCGCAAAGAAAUCCUUCGGCGAAUGCCAAAGAAUAAUAAUGAUACCGAACCGCAAUAUCUUCAACUAACGGAGAAACAAAAGAUGCGUCAGCGGGAUGUAAGUUUAGGAGAAACAGGUAUACCACCCAUACCACCUUGCAGGAAACCAAUAAAAGAUGGUAAAUUGGAUAAAGUUCCAUCAGAAUUCAAGGUUGUCAGGAUAAUAAGACGAAAUCCCACUGAUGAAUUAGGUAUCUUUAUUGCGAAAACAAAGCUGUCUGAUGAAGGUCAUAUUGGAUAUUUAGUGGCUCAUGUCGUACCUGGAGGACUGGCUGAAAAAGAAGGAUCACUACGCAUUGGUGAUGAACUGGUAAAUGUCAAUGGACGGAGACUCCGAGAUCUGACCAUGAGUGAGGCAAAGGAAGCUCUCAAAUCAGGAUCAUCUGAAAUCGACAUUGUAAUCUGUAGACAGCGUGAUAAACCUGAGGUUAAGAAACGAGGCACAUUUCAAAAAAAUAAAACUCUGAUGCGGGAGAGUUCUGUUGAUUACGAGAACGCAAUAAUAUUGGGAAAGGAAAAACGUGUUGAUAAAUAUGACGUCAGAAUAGACCGACGGCGGUCGCAGGACGAGUCGGCUUGUAAUCGCAGCGCGCUAUCAGCUGCGGACGAGGCGAGCGACAAUGCGUCGGGUGCGCACACGCAUUUCCUCAAAGGCCAGAACGCGAGUUACAGCAGCAUGAAUAACAAGCUGCUACGCCGGCAGGUUGUGAGUUACGGUGGUGCCAAUAAAGACGAACUUGCUCUUAGUUGUGCUAGUGACGUUGUGGAUGUCGAUGUGCCGGACUGUGCCGAUCGUCAUAAUGAACGACAUAACAGUGAGUGUGAAACACAAACACAGAAUGCGGCCAACUUCUGCACGCUUCCGAGAAAACCGCGAGCACCGACACACACUUACCAUACUAUAAAUUUUGAGAAGGGACCCGGAAAGAAACCGCUCGGAUUUACCAUUGUGGGAGGGCGCGACUCUCCUAGAGGGCCUCUCGGGAUAUUCAUAAAAAGCAUCCUCCCACAAGGGCAGGCAGUCGACGAUGGACGUUUAAAAGCAGGUGACGAGGUAUUGGCAGUGAACGGACACGCAUGUCACGAAUUAGCUCAUGUGGAAGCGUUGGCCCUUUUCAAAGCAGUGCGCACUGGCUGCAUAGAAUUGAGGAUCUGUCGACGGGUUAAGAAUUCACAAUCUACCAAAGCCAAAUCCUGCACUGAUCUACUAAACGAUGACGAAUGAGGAACAUAUUUAAUCUGAUAAAAAUAUAUUAGUUUUUGUAAAUAUUGUACAUUUGUAGUAGUGAGAUUGAGAAAAUUUUUGCAUGAAUUUUAUUGCACAUAUGGCGUUAAUAGACUUUAUUUUUUUGUUAAUUAAGCUAGACAAAUAAAACUAUGUAUUCCCAAAAAUGUUAGAAAAGAUAAUUUAAAUUAAACAGAUAUAAACUUCACCUUACUACCAUACCUACAGCCAUCAUAAUAGUCCUUUUAUUUACAUACAUUAUGUAAACGUUUAUCUUGAAAAUAUGUUGAAACCGUUAUUUACACAAAGUCUAUGAAACGAUACGAGUAUGCCUUUAAUAUUUAAUAUAUGUAAUCCAUCGUAUUUUGUAUUUCUUAUUUUAUGCACCAUUUAUUAAUUUAUUAAUUAUUUUGAUAUUUCUCCUAACCCUUUCUUAGGGCAUUUUGUCUACAUUGACUUCUUUAGACUAAACAAAGGCAAUGUAAUAAUAAUUUUGAUAUAGAAAAACUGAAUCUAAAUGUCUAUGUAGACAUUAUGUCUACUCUGUACUUUGCAUGACGUUCCUUUUUAUAUAUUUUUUUUUAUUUAUCACAACAUAACGGACAUGUCAGGCAAAUUUAUAUAUAAGUAUAUGUCACUGUAGUAUAAUGUAGACGUAAGAUAAUACAAAUCAUCUUUCGUUUAGAGUCCUACGAAAGUUAAUAAAUUCACUAGGAAGUUUAUACUUGCGGUUCUUGUAAUUUUCCAGUGACAUAUACUACACUUCAUUUUUAUACUUCUCCAAGAUUCCAUUGCACGAUUACUCAUACUAUUUAUUUUUCAUUUUAUUCUCAUGCUCUUUUGUUAAUUCUUUAAGUGGCAACCCUACAAUUUAAUAAACACAUAAAUACAAAUUUACUUAAUUAAUUAACACUAUGUUAUCGUGCAAAGGGAUUGUGUACUUUAUGUGUACAGUGCCAUUUCUCCUAUCAUAAUGUUCGCGGUUAUAUUCUUGUUAAGAAGCUCAAAUUAUUAUAGAUACGCCAACUGAUAAUUAUCCCAAAGAUAAGAAUUAGAUAUUCGUGUAUCAUUAGAAAUUUCUUUAUAUAGGUAUCUUAUGUGAUUAAGAUAAGAUAAUUAGGAAAUUUUCGACCAUGUGUAAGUAUAAAUAAAUAUGCUUGUAAUGUAUGUAAUCGAUUAUUAUGAAACUAAUGGUUUUUCUGGUAUUUAUGGUAUAAAAUUUUACAUUCAAUAAAAUAUAAUAGCCGCACAAUACUCUAUAUGAAAAAACAAAAAUAUGAAAGCUGAUUUUGUGUCAUAAAUUUUUUAGAACAUAAUUUUCGGUGAAGAUUUAUUAAAUAUUAUAAAUGUCAUUCAAAAUAUUAGACAUCAAUGUAAUGUUUUAUGAUAAUAGGUAUUUUAUACGCUCUUUUGUGCAAUAAUAUGUUAAAUGUACACCCUAAUUGAAAAAUCGCCAUGAAAUGUAGCAAUUCGUAAUGAUCUGGCCACUGUGAUAGAUGUGUAGUAUUAAAAUUUUUAUUCUAUAAUAGAUUUGGCACUCAUAGUCAAAAGUAAUUAUGAAAUUAUCAAGAAUUCUGAAACUAUUACUUUUUAUAUUCCAGUGAUAAUAGUUUACCGAUAUCUACCUAUUUUUAUAUUAUUAUGAAUACCACAUUAUAUAAGUUAUACGUUAAUGACUUAUAUUACAUUAACAACUAAAAUUAUGACUUGUCCUGUGUAAGAAAAUGGUGUAUUAAAUCAGCUUGAGAUUUGACGUAUGUUUAAUAAAAUUACAACGUAAAAUUACAGAGUCCUUGCUUUUUGCCUUAUGGAGUUGAUUUUUCUACAGUGCGAGUUCGGCCGAUGAUAAAAAAACAUAAAAUUUAAGUAAAUGAAAAUAAAUAAAAUUUAUUUUACUAAGUAAUAUGAAUUAUUUACUAUCUAUCCAUAUUGAACAAUAACAGGUAGUAUCUUGGAAUGGAGAUUUUUUUAAAAGUAGUUUUAUCAAUGACCAAUUUAUUAAAAUACAUUCGUUAAGGAAAAUUGCAAAGAUACAACUUUUUAGUUAGUGAAAGUACAAAUUACAAUAAGGGAUUUUGAACACAAAGAAAUCUCUAUCAGUGUUUCGUUUAUAAUUGUUUGUGUAAUUUGACUAUCUUUGAUUAUAGCUCGACUAAAUACACCACUUUUUUACCUUGUUUGUUUACUGAAAUGUAAUAUUUUCUAUAAUAUUGACAAAAUUGAUUCAUCAAUUAAUUAUUUAUAUUAUAUUAUAUACCUAUAAAAUUUUGGUUAUAGUUUGGUUAAAUAUCUAAAUCACAUUGUUAAAUUAAAGUUAAAGACGUUGUAGAUUUUUUCACACAUAUCAAAU